AUGCCUGCGGCACAGCUUCCCAUCAUACCAGCGCACCAGCGCUACCUUGCAGCUGAUGGAAAUCAGGGGCACAUCGGUCAGCAGGUCUUAGCAGCAGCUUUCGAGUCCUUCUCGAGAUCGCCGGCAGUUUCGCCGAGUGGCAUUCCUGUUGACUCGGAGCUGCCGCUCACGGUGAAGAACACGUUCAUUGAUGUGGAAGAAGAAUCGCCUGAUUCAAUCCACUCACUUCAUGAACGUGGAGCGAAGACGUGCACGGCGCGCAUGUCGCCAUCUGGAGGUUUUUUUGACGAGACGCAUUAUGGGGAGGAAGUGCAGCGUGCGGAGCCGACCUCGAUACCGCCAGACAAGCCGAUCGAUCCUAGACUCCAGGUUCCGGAUGCAGAUGCUGAUGGCACAGGCAGCAGCCCGGUGAGUCCCAGCAUGCCGCCGCCCUCGGAGUCGGCACCGACUUUCGACGAGGAGGAGGAGAUACACAUGCCGCCUCCGCCACAGAUGAGCCCUUCGCAUUUCGGAAGGCAGUUGUUGGGCCUAGCGUUGACCGCUCCCGAUGCUCUUCCCGAAGCUCCUUCAGAAGGGUCCAAGUUGCAUGGGCUCUUUGACGAGGAGGGCCUGCCGGCAUGCCAGCCCUGUGCUUGGUUUCACAAGAAGCCCAGUGGCUGCAUCAACGGCGCAGCAUGCAAGCGCUGUCACCUUUGCCCAGAGGGGGAGCCAAAGCUCCGCAAGAAGCAGAAAGUUGCGCGGCUACGGCAACAGCAGGCGGAGGCUGCCAGCCGAGAGGCGGCACAGACGGAGUCUCCAACUUCAAACAAGCCAGCAGAUGCGACAAGAGGAGGACCUCCGUCUCCUUCCCGUGGAGCUCCUGCGCCCCUUGGAGUCGGCGCAGUGGGUUCACAGCCGAUCAGUCCUUCACAACCCGGUGCCAUCGCCAUGGGUGCGGUGAGUGGUCCUGGUCCUGGCGUAAUGGCACUUCCUCAGUCACCGAGCGGUGUUGUUGCGGUCCCAGUUGGGCAGGUUGGCGGGCUGCCGGCCCCUAUGUAUACAGUGCCAGUGGCACAAUAUCAGUUGCUGGCUGGCUCUGGGGCAGUACUUAUGCCAGUGUCUGCGGCCGCUGUGUCGCAGCAGGUUGGAGCCCAGGUUCAGCAGAUCCCUGUUCAGCAGCAGAUUCCUGUUCAACAGAUACCCGCCCAGCAGAUCCCCACCCAGCUUCCCCAGCAGCUUCCCCAACAGCCUCCUGCUCAGCAGCCUCACCUUCAGCAGCCUGUGCAGAUGCAAUCCCAACAGAUCCCUCACCAGAUCCAAGCAACUCAGCCAGCAGCGUUACAGCAGCAGUUUCAGCCCCUCCAGCCUUUGCAGCCACUCCCUCAGCAGCUGUCUGUGCAGCAGAUUCCUCUACAGCUUCCCAUUGCUCAGCAGAUGAUUCUUCAGGGCAAUGUUCAACAAGUCGCUGUCCCCGUUAACUUGCAGACAUCUGGCAAACUGGAUAUGCCUUCACAGCAGAACCAGAGCCAGAGUCAGCAGAGCCCAAGCCCACGCUGGGCUGACAUCACGGACAGCUGA